ACUUUACAAACUUUGCUUGUCUAAGCAUCACACCUUGUUUGUCCCAAAAAUACUGUUGAUUUCAUGGAUUUCACUGAUUUUGUUUUUAUCAAAGGAAAUGGACUAAAAGGUUUUGUGGAUGCAGGUCUUGAAACCCUUCCUCAGCAAUAUAUUCAACCUCCUGAACAAAGAUUUGAUUUAAGCCAAGUAAUCACUGAAGAGUCCCUGCCCUUGAUUGAUGUCUCAAAUUGGGAUGACCCGGAAGUUGCAAAAUCAAUUUGCGAGGCUGCAAGCAAGUGGGGUUUCUUUCAGAUCAUCAAUCAUGGGAUAACCAUGGAGGCGCUCGAGAGUAUGAAGAGUGCUGUUCAUGGAUUCUUUGGGUUACCAAAUGAUGAAAGGAGGAAGUACUGGAAAGGGCAAUCUAUAAGCGAUACUGCAUACUUAAAAACAAGCUUUAUCCCUGAGAAAGAGAAGGUCUUGGAGUGGAAAGACACUUUAUGCUUUCGUUUCAUCCCUGGGGAUGAUGAGUCUUCUUCAUUGUGGCCUCCCGUUUGCAAGGAUCAAGUGCUUGAUUACACGAAGAGGUCUGAAACUAUCAUUAAAAGACUUUUAGAGGUGCUACUGAAAAGCCUUAAUGUGAAGGAGAUUGACAAGUCAACAGAGUAUGACUUGAUGGGUUCACUCCUCCUCAAUCUUAUCUACUAUCCCCAUUGUCCAAAUCCUGAGCUCACAGCUGGAGCAGGCCCACAUGCUGAUGUAUCAACAAUCACAAUUCUCCUACAAGAUGACAUUGGCGGACUUUACGUUCGUGGAACUGAUGGUGAGGGUUGGAUACAAGUUCCCCCAGUCGAGGGAGCCUUGGUUGUCAAUAUAGGAGAUGUGUUACAGAUAAUGAGCAAUGACCGAUACAAAAGUAUCGAGCACCGGGUGGUUGCCAACAGAAGCAAGAACAGGGUUUCAAUCCCUAUAUUUGUGAAUCCAAGAGCUGAAGCAUUAAUUGGUCCUUUGCCAGAAGUUGCAGCAAGUGAAGUGCAACUAGUGUAUAAGCAGGUUGUAUAUGGGGAUUACUUCAACGCUUACUACAGCAAGGCUCAUGAGGGAAAGAAGGCCAUCAAAUUUGCUAAGAUAUGAUGAAUGAUGAUCUUUUGCUGUAUCAUAGGAUUUCUAUGCUAAGAUAAACCCAUGACAAUAAGAUACAUGAUGCCAUUCUAGCUGUUGUAAGCUUUGCUAUAUGUAGCCAAAAUGAGGUUGUUUGAUUAUGUGGGUGUUGGACGAAGAUGUUGAAAACACGAAAAGAAGAGGAGUGCAAGAAAAACUGUGUGUGAGGUGAGAGAAAGAUAUAUAUUCCACUUUUUAUGGUUAAUCUGAUGAA